AUGGACUUGUCAUUUCAAAGGUUAUUCCUUCUGAAGUCCGACAUGCCAUCGGUGAAGAAUCGUACUUCACCCGGUCUCGACAGAAUCAAACCUGAACAUCUGAAGUACCUACCGGCAGUCCUCAUCAAUACACUGGCGAGGCUCUUCACUCGUUAUCUGUCGGAUUGCAAGGUUCCUAAACGAUGGAAAACCAGCAAGAGCGUGCUGUUGUAUAAGAAGGGAGACCCACAAGACAUCGGCAACUAUCGUCCAAUCCGCUUACUGUCUGUCAUCUGUCAUGUCAUCUAA